UGAUUAUUACUAUUCUUUAGUAUUUUAAUUUAUGGUGUUUAGUAUCACGAUUUCAAAAAUACCUAUGAAUGUCGAUUCAAUUCGGAUACUAUCGUUUAAGCAAAUUUAUUUAAGUAUUCGUAUACAGUAGUUGAAUAUAUUUUGUUCAUUAUAAAUUGUCAUUGUUGUUACGAAAAUGGAGACGAGCAAAGAUAAUCUAGGUCAAGAAAUGAUAUUAAAUGUGAAGUUUAUUAAAGGUAGUGAACCAAUUCUUAUAGAAGACGAUGAUGGGGAGGACAAGGGCAAACAGUACAACGGUUAUCCGCCUGGAUAUAACAAAGUAUUUGAGUACAUAUAUCCUCCAGAGGAAUGGAUGGAAGACGGUAAAAAGUGGCGACGAGUCGCAUCUACGGAGCCAGCGGAUCGGCAUCAAAUGACGGCUCUAGCCGAAGACCUCAAAUCCAACUUAUCGUACUGGCAUGCCAGGAUGCACGGAGUAUGUCCGAUCAGGAGAGAAUUGUAUACGCAAUGUUUCAAUGAACUGAUACGGCAAGUGUGCGUAAAUAGCAUUGAACGAGGUGAAUUGUUAAUCAAAAUUCGAAACGAAUACAAUGCAAGCAUAAUUGCUCAUAAACGUUUAUAUGAGAGCGGUUUAAUAUUUAGAAUGAAACAUACUACAUUGAAUGAUAAUAUAGGCGGCUUGACAGAAAAGGAUAUACUUGAUAUAGAAGAUCAUCAUGUUGUAUUAAAAAAGAAAUUGUCUGAUGCAAACAAUAAGUACAAUAGAUUAAAAACCAGUUUGAAAAAGGAAUUAAAUAAUUUAAAAGAUGCUCACCAACACGAGUUAAAUUGUUAUAAUAAGAACCAUCAAGCAUUAAAAAAUCAACUCGAUUUGAUACUUGCAAUGAAUACAUAACUCAAAUAAAUAAUAAUAAUCACGAUAAAUCCAAUAAUGAUUGUCAGUUGUAAUGCAAUUAUAUUACGUAUCGCGUAUAUUUACUUAUAUUGAAAACUGUAUAACUAGAUUAGAAUAAUAUUUAUAAAUUUCACAAGACAGUAAAUCAAAGAAACAUUGUGAACUACUAUAGUAUGAUAUCAAAAAUAUGUGGCCCGCGAGUUCGUGUGGCCGGUAAAUGCUUUCAGUAUGACCCGCAACCCGCAAUACUAAAUUUUUAAAACUAAAAAAAAUAUUAAAAUGUUAAUGAAAAUAAAAUAUUAAAACUUAAACAUUUUUAGAAAAAUAAACUAUAAAAUGACUAUC